AUGGGAGUGGAGAAGCAGAUCCUCAGGUUGGGGACGGGGCCCAAGCCGGUCAAGGGCCAGAAUGUCACCGUCCACUGCACUGGUUUCGGUGAGCAUCUUCAGCUGAAGACUACUUCUGAUUCCACUGCUCCAUUUUUUUUCUUUCAGAAGCUGGAUCUUCAAAAAAGGGGGAUCGUUGCCCCCCUUUGAUCCGCCUCGAGGGGAGUUUGAGUUCUUUCUUUGUAUUGAAAUCGACGUUCCUUAAAGAGGGGGAGGUGCAAGCAACAUUUAAGUGAAAGAGGAGUUCCUUAUUUUUCAUAGGUUUCUUCAUGAAAAGCUGAAACCUUAGGAAACCGGCAGUUUGCUCCGGCUGAGUUCGUCCAGAAUCAACCUACUGACAACAUUUCCAUGCCCUCCUCCUUGGAGAGCCGUAAUCGGGUUUGAAUGGACUCGAGUCCUUUCUGCGGUGGAGACCCUAACCGUUGAUCUCAUGUGCUGUUGUAGAAAUAUGAAGGAUCAUUGUUUUAGCGCUAUCUCAAUGUUCGUCUAAUUUAUUUUUUCUUUGCGUGUUACAGUCGAAAUGUUUUUAUAUUUAUCUCGCAUGUGAUGAUCCAAUUUCUCUAGCUGACAACCAGGACCAGUAAUUUAAAAAUGGGAAUUAUUUUCUUGUUGGGGUCAAGGUUUCGAUCAUUUGGUUCAUUUAUGCUGCCGAUUAAGAUCUAUAAAAAAGGAAUAAAAGAAGUAUAGACAUGGCGGAAAAGAUAAGAUAAGAUGAGAUAAGAUACAAUAAAAAGCAUCAUGUGAAUGGAAGUUUUCAAGCUUACUUCUUGAAUCAAGAGAUUAUUAUGCGUCCUGCCACUAUAUUGUCAACUUUUUUUCCGUACAUAGAUGGUGGCCUUGCUAGUCUUUAUGGCACAAUGAUUUCAUUUCUGAUUCUUUUUACUUGCAUUAAGCUGUAGGGGGUUUAACCUUUUGGAGUAAGAUGGGAAAUACCCUUCUGCUUCCUCAGCUACUCAAAGUCUUCAAGUCGAAGACGUUGCCUCGUGGCCUACCACAUUAUUAACAAAAAAUUUCUGCUUCUUGCCGUUUUGCUAGCUAAAGUAAUUUUUUUACUAAUUAUUUUCCUCUCUUUAGGAAAAAAUGGCGACCUUUCUCAAAAGUUUUGGAGGUAGUUUCAGUUUCUGCUCUGAGUUGUGUGUUAUAGCUUCUCUCUGGUGUUUUUGCCUAUAAAAUAUAUAAUCAGUCCUCCAUACUUUUCUUCUUUCUGAAUUUACAGCACUAAAGAUCCUGGGCAGCAGCCAUUUUCCUUCAAGAUUGGACUAGGAUCUGUUAUUAAAGGUACCCAGCUUCAUUGCGAUAUGAUACAGUCCGUCUUGUUCAUCUUCGUAAUGUUACUGGAAUCUUUCUUACUUGGAAAGAAAAUUGAAAGACACUAUGGCAUCUUCAGGAUGGGAUGAAGGUGUGAUUGGCAUGCAGGUGGGAGAAGUUGCGCGCCUUCAGGUAGCGUUCUCCUCGUAAAGUGGUGUUAAUUUUUCACUUCAUGAUUCAUAUUGUCAAGUUCCUGUGGAAUUCUUCUUCGAUCUAUAAGUAUUUCCGAUUUGCCGUCGAAAUGAUUAGAAUCCAUAUGAAUUUCUCUCAAUCGUACCAGUGUCACAUCUUUUACUUAAUCUCACAUCUUUUCAAGGGCAUUGACAAGGUCCUGCGAAUCAUAUGGAUCCAUAAACUAAAACCCUGCAAUUCAAACAUCUUUGUAUACACAUCAAGUCACCAUUAAUAAGGGUCUUUUACAUCAGAUAUUGGGUUUAAGGUUGAUUCCUUGCAAGAUUCUGGAUUAAACAAAAUAUCCUCAGUGCUGUCUAGGAUUUGUAAAGGUGGGAAAAUCAGAUUGUUUUCAUAUUUACAUGGGCUUCUUAUUCAUCUGGAUCACUGACUUCUGGAUUACUGAUCUUUCUUUUGCAUUGAUUAGAUUAGUAAAAAUCCUCAUCCCUACAUUCCAUUAAAGACAAAAAAAGAAAGAAGAAAACAAGUCACUCUCAAGGUGGGUAGAGAUACCUUCAAGGAGUUCUUCUCUAGGGUUUCUUUAAGGAGUUCAGAUUAAUUUUUCUGUGUGAUUAAUUCACAUUUAUAUUUAUAUGGGCUUCUUCUCAUUCAUGUGGAUCACUGACUUGUACACUGCAUGUGGGGAUCUGCAGUGUACCCCUGAUUAUGCUUACGGUCCGAGUGGGUUCCCUGCCUGGGGAAUAAUGCCCAACUCCCCUUUGAUUUUUGAGAUCGAAGUCCUCAAUGUGCAGUGA